AUGGGAGAAAUUCAGGCCUUGGAGCGGGAGAUUGAUAACCUGCUCCCGAAUAGGUGGGACCGACCCAAGAAUACGAAGCUCGACGAAAUCAGGGCCCGGGAGAAGGAGAUUAUGUCGAAUAAGUCUGUUGGCCAGGAAUCUACCGCCUUCUACGAUGCGGCGUCCGCCAAUCGCCCCAGUUAUGGACUGGGUCAGGGCGAGCAGAUCCCCCACACCCCAGUCACUAUUUAUCGCAAGGGAAGGCAGGAUAACAUAAGCAACACGAAGGCUCCUUCCGUGGAAGAUUCGAGCAACAAGGCUUCCACAAACUCGAACCGGGAUUCGGACGUGCCACGAGACCGUCAAAUUAACGACCUAGCCACUCAGGAUUCCUCAAGAGAGCUUUUGCAGAGGCUCCAUCUACAUUCCAUCCCCGCCCUCAGCUCGGACGAGGAUGAACCUAAAGACGAUGGCGCCGCCGAUGAAACUCCGCGGCCUAAGAGGCAGCAGGAUAUACUGGCCAUGCCCACUCCUCGCAUUAUCGGCGCCUACGUUGGAACCCCGGCCACUAUUAAAGUCGGGCGAGUCGAGGACGACAAGCCAACCAGACCCCCGUUGAGACUAAACCCCAGAGAGCCGAGCCGAUCAACCGGAGACGAGGAGACAGCCAGAGCGAUCCUGGAGGACCUCAAGGAUAAGCUCCUCGAAGAGGUGACCAAGGACCAGGAGAAGAAGCGGCCGGGCAGGUCUAGCAAGGAGAGGACGCCGGAUGGCGGGAGUGACUUGGAGGCUCUGAACCGCAUGACCAAAUCCGUCACCUCGAGUCUCCGCGACCUCCACGCUGUCAAACGGGGCAUCGACCGGCUAUCUGACCAAGUCAACCUUCCCGAUCUCAACCCUGCGGAUCAAGGCGCGGAACCCACCGCUAAGCCCGUUGCUCCCGCUGGGUCUGACGCUAUCGACGAGAAGACAUUAGCAAAGGCCACCGAACUCCUCAAAGCCGAGCUUCUCAAAUCUGGUCCCUUCCCGCCCGCCGUAUCCAAUCCUGACCAAGCUGCCGUCGUCCACUAUCCCCAGCUCUACACUAAUAGGCCUUUCCGGUUGACGCUCCUCGGGCUCGUCACCGGCCUGUUCACCCUCUGGUGUGUAGCGGAAUCCGCCAUGUGCGCCCAAUACUGCCGCCCCGCCAUCUGCUCGGAGCCGCCUUGCGUCUGGUCACCCGACGACCCGACCCGCCUGGCGGAUGAGUGGGACGACCUUGUCGCCGAUGCCUCGGACCUCCUCCACGGCGUCGACAUCCGCACCACCAACCCGGACGAGCUAGACUUCCGGGAUCGCCGUCAGUACCGCCGUCGUAUGCGCAAGAAGGGCUUGCUCAAACAGCGGGCGGAGUCGCCGGCGCACAAGGAAAAGUGGGAUGCGUGGCACGCGGCGCGGAUCGCGACGGAGAGGGCCAGCGCGGCGCGCGAAAUGGGAUAUGACGUGUACGACGAGAGCGAAAGCAUGGGCGACGACGCUAAAGGAUAG